AUGUUGCUGGAUGCACAAGCGAUCUCCCGUCUCCGUUCGCAUCUCGAACAUUUGUACGGCGAUGAUUCUACAGCGGCGCUGGAGACCCUCUCGCAGGUUCUCGCACAGUAUGGCACGCUAACCCGAGACGAAGAGCCAAGCACCUGGGACGAACGUGAUGUGGCGCUCAUUGCCUAUGGCGAUCAGAUCCACGCCCCAGAUAAGACGUCGCUGGCCGCUCUCGGUGAAUUCCUCGACGGAGCGGGCUUCGAUCAACUUCUAAACACGAUCCACCUCCUACCGUUCUUCCCGUACUCCUCCGACGACGGGUUUUCGGUAAUCGACUAUCGCCAGGUCGAUCCAAAAGCGGGAACGUGGGAAGACAUAGAUCGGCUGGGAAGCAAUUACCGGCUUGCCUUCGACUUAGUGUUGAACCAUUGUUCGCGCGAAAGCCAAUGGUUUAAGGAUUACCUGGCAGGCAAGCCACCGUACGACGAGUAUUUCGUCGAGGCCGAUCCCACGGUGGAUCUCUCGGCCGUCACGCGCCCCCGCAGUUUGCCGCUGCUAACGGAGUUUGAAACGAGCCGCGGCACUCGCCAUCUGUGGACCACCUUCAGCGACGAUCAGAUCGAUCUAAACUAUGCCUCACCCAAACUGAUGGCUGAGAUGAUGGACGUGCUGCUGUUCUAUGUGCAGCACGGGGCUCGAAUCGUACGGCUCGAUGCCAUCGCUUAUCUGUGGAAGGAACCCGGCACCACUUGUAUUCAUCUCCCGCGGACGCACACCGUGGUGCGUCUGAUGCGUGAAGUGCUUUCGAUGGUCGCCCCUGGAGUGUGGCUGCUUAGUGAAACCAACGUUCCACACCAAGAGAACAUCAGCUACUUCGGCGCCGGCGACGAAGCGCAGCUUGUUUAUCAAUUCAGCCUGCCACCACUCCUGCUCGAUGCUUAUCUGAAUGAAGACGCAGGCCCCCUUACGGCCUGGCUGCCGGAAGUGUGUGAGACGCUCCCAGGAACCACCUUCUUCAAUUUCACCGCAUCGCACGAUGGUGUCGGUGUUCGGCCCCUCGAGGGGCUCGUGCCCAAUGAACGGAUUGAUCGCUUAGUCGAAGCUGUGAAACAACGGGGCGGAGCGGUCAGCACACGGAAACGCCCCGACGGAACCGACUCGCCGUACGAACUGAAUAUCUCGUACCUCAGUGCAUUGGGCGAGCCCGGCGGCAUGGACCCGACGUUGCACGCUCGGCGGUUUCUUGCAUCGCAGGCAAUCAUGCUCUCGCUAAGAGGCAUACCGGGCAUUUAUUUCCACAGCCUCGUCGGCACACCCAACGAUGUCGAAGGCUGGAAAUCCUCGGGCAUUCCCCGCCGAAUCAACCGCCACCGCUAUGAACUGUCAGAACUCGAGAGCGUUCUCGGCGAGGCCGACGGGCUACAGGCACAGGUGCUCGAAGGCUAUCAACACCUGUUGAAGACUCGGAUCGCUCAAAGUGCGUUCCAUCCCGAGGCCCAGCAGCAUCCCUUAGUCUUACCAGUAGAUGGUGUGUUCGGCUUCGUGCGGCAAAGUAACGAGGCGAACCAGCAGAUCGUGGUGCUUGCCAACCUGUGUGGAACCUCUCGCAGUGUCGACCUUUCGGUGAUAGAAGCCGGGCCGCUUUCACGUGAUUUGCUUACAGGACAGAACAUCGAGGAUCCUACGGACUUCCAGCUUCAACCCUACCAGGUAGUUUGGCUCGAGGCCAAAUCGCACUAG